AUGACCGACAUUUCGCCUAGGCCAUGUCUAACGACUCCGUUUCCUUCGAAAUCGCAUGUCCCUUUUAGCCAUAUUAUUCAAGCAACAUGGGCAAGUCUGGUAACAUUGAUACUUGGCUCAACUUUCAUCCUCAUAAUUGCAUUUACUACGAAUAAUAAGCCAACGACCACGGGGAUCUGGGUAUCGAACGCGCCUGUCUUUAUCUCAUUGGGAGGUAUCAUUAUCAAAGGAAGCCUUGGUGCCCUGCUUGGUGUCGCCCUGUAUCAACACCUCUGGUCUCUUCUUGCAGUGCCUGAUGCCAAUGGUGGACACCAAAAUGACGGGUUGAAGCUAAAAGAGGUUGAAUCGCUUCACCUUGCUUCCCGCCUCGCAGUUGGGAUGUUGGUAGCUCCCUCUGCUAGAGUCGGCUGGUUUCUGGGGUUUGCUGGCCUUUUGUGCACAGGUGUUGUUGUUCCUGCUCUUCAGGCCGGAGUCAAAGUUGUUACCCGUGUCGAAAUGACACCAACUGAUGUCUCCAUACCGCACGCGCAGCUAGAUUACCGAAUGGCGACAACGGGAACAGCUCUCAACUCCCCAGAAGGUGCUCGCCCUAAUGUCAAACGAUCAGCUAUUACUGCCGUCUUUGGAGAAACAGUGGGCUAUUCAUAUACGAAGCAGAAUGUAUCGGGGAAGGCAACUUUUGGUGAGAUUUCGUAUACUGAUAUUGAGUGCAAUGUUGUAAUUACUGCAGGAACUGUCCCUCUAGCUAGCAGUACAGAGUACUACUACAACUUUACCCAUACCUUUACGGAGCCCAUAAAAAACGGUUCAAUCAUCACCGCAUAUGGCUCCCUCAAUUUCAGAGCAACACUAAACAACAAUACCCACUAUCUUGUACAUUCCUGCGUCCUUCACCCGGCGACUGGCAAAUGUAGUACCACCCUUGCUGGGGGGAUCGGUAUCAUGAAAGACCUCCGUUGCAAGCGAUCUUCUUGGAUCAACCCCGUGCCUCAUGAAAUCAAUGGCCCAUCGGCAGGCUUUGUUGCAACUGCAGCAGCUUUUAUUUCGGUUUUUGAGGGGGCUGCUUGGAGUUCCACUCAAGGGCGACCCCAGGAAAAUAGCACUUUUAUAGAGGCAUCAGCCAGAUGGACAAACAGAACCUCGUAUAUUCUCUCCAGCGAUCUGAUUUCUCAUAUGCAAAGAACACUAUGGCAUAUUCCCAUAGGUGCUAGGCCUCUCGAUGUCCCAGAGUCCGAAAUAGGGGGCGGUGCUGAUCCGAAUGGUACGGUUGUGAUGAGAGUUCAGGACGAACGGAACGUGCUCAUAAUGACGAUGAAUUAUCGGAUCCUUAUUCCUGUUGUUGGGAUUGCAACUCUAAUGGGAAUUUUGUCCGUGACAUAUCUGGUGAUUGCGCCGAAUAGAGUCCUGGGGCGCUUAAUGCGUGACUCCCUGGUCCAUACGCUUACAGUCGGUGGAAGAUGGGGUCCUGGCAUCAGGGGUGCGUGUAUCCUCAGUCUGGAAACCCUGCUGCGACAAGUAGGACAAGAACGGUACAUUUACGGGGUAAUUGACCCUGCCAGCCCGUCGACAGCUGGUACGUUAGGUUUAAAGGAACUCGGCGGUGCCGGCCCGGGGCCUAAGUAUGGUGACCCUUUAGAAGGUUUAUACUAUGGAGGCAGGUAG